UGAAAUCUAACUUAAAUAAUUACUUAUUUCCCGGAUAGUCAUAACUUAUUGAUGAUCAUAUCUCCCACAGCAGUCCAGAAAUCAGAUAUUUUUCUGGAAUUCGGACUAGAGACCGCAAGAUGGAAAAGAAGCCAACAAUUGUCAAGAGCGCGGCAGCGAGAUCACAGAGAAAGAAACCAGCUGGAUCUGCUCCGAACAAGAAUAAAGAAAUUUUGAAAGCUGUUGAAGGCCGACUAGUCAUCGAAAAGCGAACACGGGAAGUCGUUCUAAACUUGAUUGAGGAUGUUGUCUCUACGGAAGUGCUCCAGUCCGCUGCGCGCUUUAUUAGUGCCGAGAAUUACCGCGAUAUUGUUGCUGAGAGAGCAUUAUCUGGCAUCUGCGGAUAUCCGAUCUGUUCCAACAGUUUCAAAAAUACAGCUCCCUUUCAGAAAUUUCGGAUAGACUCCAAAAACAAUAAGAUUUACGACAUAAGCGAUCGGAAGAAUUACUGCUCUUCCGACUGUUACGCUGCCUCCUUGGUAUAUGAGAAACAGUUAUCCGAAGUUCCUGUAUGGUUACGAGAGAAGGAGCCUGUUGACAGUCCUCAAGUGUUGAUUCCAGGAGAAAUCAGAGGAGUUCAGGGAGUGGCUGUGAAUUUGACGGAUCCCGAUUUGGACAGCUUGAACAGCGAAAUUCAGCGUAUGAAAGUGGAAGACAGCAGGCAGACCGAAGUAGCGGAGUGACCUGGAAACCCUCUUCUUGCCUGUUGUUUUCGUAUCCGUGAUCUCCAAGUUUUCAUUGUUUUGAGUCCUGCUGGAUGUGUGUUACGAGAGUUGUAUGUGUAAUUCACUGUCUCUGGCAUGUUUUGUACGUCUUUGCUGCUUGGCGAGGGCUGCAGCGACGGGGAUAAAAUUCGUGGCAGAUUUAUGUUACUGGGUUAGUGGUGAACUUUCGACGCACGAAAUGAGUGAUUUUUGAGCUUUAUUUUUUGUGACUGUGUGGAAGUGCUUUUUUUAAGUUGGAUAUUCUGA